AUGAUUGUUCAAGGCACUGCUGGCACUGGUAAAUCAUUUUUAAUAGAUUGUAUUAGAAAAGAAUUAAACAUAUCUCCACCUAUGACGGCAAACCCAUUGCUUCUUUUAGCACCAACAGGAGUUGCUACAUUUAAUAUACAAGCGACAACAAUCCAUGCAGGGUUGCGCAUACCUUUAAGAGAAAUGCAUCCUUUGAUAGGGCAGUCAUUAAUGACAUUGCAAGAGCAAUUGAAACAUAUCAAAUAUAUUCUGAUAGACGAAAUGAGCUUUUUGGGCAUGAAACUACUACUUAAGAUAGAUAAUCGUUUACGCCAAGCAUUCCCUAACAAUCAACAUGACAAGUUUGGUGGCGUGUCCAUGAUUCUUGUUGGUGAUCUUGCUCAGCUUCCCCCUGUAAUGGAUAAACCUAUAUAUGCUUCACACUCUACAGCCCUCAGUUUAUGGCAUUCUUUUACUAUUGUCAUAACACUGGACACUAUUUUCCACCAGCAAGGUGCAUUUAUAAGACAACAACAAUUCAGAGCACUUCUUCACAACUUAAGAAACACUCAAGCACUCCAACAUGAUUGGAAAAUGCUCAAAGAAUUAAAUUUGCCUGUCGUUCUAAGUUUAGCUAAAAUUGCUAAGCAAACAAAUACUGAAUAUGACACCAAUGAACAACUACCAUUGGAAGUAUUACUUUCUAUUGAUCAACAAGUGAUUUUAAUAGCUAACUUGUGGAUCCAAGUUGGCCUUGUCAAUGGCGCUAUUGGUCUCAUAAAAAAAAUUGUAUAUGAAAACAAUACAAAACCACCAGACUUGCCAAAAUAUGUGGUUGUCCAAUUCAACGAUUAUAAUGGACCUCCAUGGGAUAUAGCACAUCCAAAAGACAUACCCAUUUUGCCAAUAGCGUGA